UGGAAUAAUCCCAACCGGAAGUGUCAAUCUGUGCACCGGCGAAAGCUCUAUCUGGUAAAACUUUCCCAUUUUUGGUCAUCAGUAAUAUUUAGUUUUAACUAGAAUGUUAUUUUUCUGAGCUGAUAAAAAAGCAUAAGCGUUAAUAAAAUACAACAUUUUUAUAUAAUCGGUGACUUGGCUUGGAAGCAACGACGCGUGCAGAAAUUGGAGGAUCUGGGUGAGGUCAAUUGAGUUCUAGACGACUAGAGAGAGAAAGAUGAAUUUCUUUAAAUCUGCAACACGGACUGUUCGUACAACCACAGAUGAUGGAAGUGGUCCAAGAACUGAAACUAAAACUUAUAGCUUCGGUGACGAUGGCCCAAGCAUUGGCUAUGGUGGUGGUAGCAACAUAGAUAUCGGAUUUGGAAAACAAUUUGGGGGUGGGAAGAAGUCUUUCAACAUAAGUAAUUUUAUUGGAGGAGGUGGAGGGGGUGAUGGUGGUUCUGGUGGAGGAAGAAGGACAUGCAUCAGGCAGCCUUCCCAGCGACCACAGGUUGGGGGCCGUGCAUCACGAAAAGAAAAGAAAAACCCCUUUUCUGGCUUAAAUAACCAAAGCUAUGACAGCAUUAAGAAAAAGUGCUUAGAGGAAGGAAUAUUAUUUGAAGAUCCAGAAUUUCCGGCACAAGACGAUUCAAUAUUUUUUAGCAGAGCACCUAACAGGCCAUUUGUAUGGAAAAGACCAGUGGACUUGGUAGACAGCCCAGAAUUCAUAGCUUCAGGAGUCAGUAGAUUUGAUGUUAAGCAAGGAGAAUUAGGUGAUUGUUGGUUAUUGGCUGCUAUUGCCUCACUUACCUGCAAUGAAGUACUUCUUAAUAAAGUUGUACCACCAGAACAGAAUUUUACUGAUGAAUACUGUGGUUUGUUCAAAUUUAACAUCUGGCAUGAAGGAGACUGGACAGAGGUUGUAGUGGAUGAUAGGCUCCCUUCAUAUAUGGAUAAUUUGGUGUUUAUGCACUCAGCUGAUAAACAUGAGUUCUGGAGUGCCUUACUAGAAAAAGCAUAUGCAAAAUUGCAUGGAUCAUAUGAAUCUCUUAAGGGAGGAAGUACGAGCGAAGCUAUGGAAGACUUUACUGGAGGUGUGACAGAAAUGUUUGACCUUAAGAAGGCACCUAAGGAUCUUCUCACCAUCAUGUUGAAAGCCAAUGACAGAGGAUCAUUGAUGGGUUGCUCUAUUGAUGCUGAUCCUAACCAAUUAGAAGCAGAACUGGCAAAUGGGCUGAUUAUGGGACAUGCUUACAGUGUUACAGCAGUUAAAAUGGUUGAAAUACAGACCCCAGGAAGGAGUGGUAAGCUGCCAAUGGUACGAUGCAGAAACCCUUGGGGUAAUGAAAGUGAAUGGAAAGGAGCCUUUAGUGAUGAGUCAGAGAGAUGGAAGUAUAUAACAGAUUCUGAUAAAGAAGAAAUUGGAUUAACUCAAGAGGAUGAUGGUGAAUUCUGGAUGACAUUUGGUGACUGGCAGUCCAAUUUCCAGAAGUUAGAGAUUUGUAAUCUUGGUCCAGACAGUUUAGAUGAUGAUGAAUUAGUGAAAAUUGGAAAAAAAAGAUGGGAAGCAACAUCUGAAGUAGGAGAAUGGAUUCCCAAUGUUAAUGCUGGUGGAUGUAGGAAUUAUCUCCAGACAUUCUUCACAAAUCCUCAAUACAGGGUAACAGUUACUGACCCAGACGAGGAUGAGGAUGACCUUUGUACUAUACUGGUUGGUGUAUUACAGAAAGACCGAAGAAAGAAAAGAAAAGAGGGACUUGAUAUGUUGACCAUUGGAUAUGUAAUCUACAAGUUAAAAGAUCCUGACUGUGGACCAUUAGAUGUAGACUUUUUCAAGUAUAAUGCUUCAGUGGCUAAAUCUCCAUCAUUCAUCAACCUAAGAGAAGUGUGUGGGCGUCACAUGUUACAACCUGGAACUUACUGCAUCAUACCAUCUACAUUUGAACCUCAUAACAAGGGAGAGUACUUGAUAAGAAUAUUCACUGAAAAGGCUAAUGUCACACAUGAAAUUGAUGAAGAAACAGCAAUACAAGAAGACCAGGAUGUUAAAUGUUAUAAUGUGAUAUUACCUGGGACCAAACAAAUGUUACCACAAGGAUCAUUAAGUUCUCAUCCUCAUGGAGGCAUAGGUGGAGGAAUGCAACGCACUCACAUGCCAAGUGCGGCAAGUGCACCUCCUCCUCAGGAUCAAUAUAGACCUAGUCAGAGGAGGACAGAGGAAAAGCCUCCAACAGAGGAUGAAGUAGAACAAGAGGAUGCUUUAAAGAGAAGUUUCAAAAGAGUUUCAGGAGAUGAUAUGGAAAUUGAUGCAUUUGAGCUAAGGGACAUUCUAAAUGCAGUGUUCAAAAAAGAGGGCUACAUGGAAUUUGAUUUUGAUGGAUUUGGUGUUGAUGCUUGCCGCAGUAUGGUAGCCAUGCACGAUGGUGAUUUAUCUGGAAAACUAGGAUUUGACGAAUUCAAGACACUUUGGACAGAUCUCAGAAAAUGGAAGGGUGUAUUUAAAGAGUUUGACAAAGACAGCAGUGGAAGACUCAGCUCUUAUGAAUUAAGAUCUGCCUUACAUGCUAGUGGAUUCAAACUGAGUAACCGUACAUUUAGCACUCUAGUUAUGAGGUUCAGUAAUAAAGCAGGAGAGAUAGAAUUCAGUGAUUUUAUGCUGUGUGCUAUCAAGCUUAAAACAAUGUUAGCAUCUUUCAAGAGCUAUGAUGCACAGAGACAAGGAAUUGCUGCUUUUGAUGUUGACAGUUUUGUUGCAACUACUAUGUACUCAUAAAAUGUAACAAAGGACCUUCAGAUGUGUUUGUUCCUGUGAUGUAACUGUUUUCUGUCUGUCUCCAUCAUUAGCAAUACUUUUCAAAGAAGUGACUAAAGAUUAUGUACUAUAUCUACCAUAACUUUGCAUUUAGUAUUGUAUUUUCUUUUACAUUUUUUAAUUUCAAGUCUAAUUUGUUGAGGAUUAUGUAUCCUUUGUCACCAGUCAUUUAUACAUUUAUUAUUUUUAAAAACCAGAGAGGCAAUUUAAACCUGAGUCAGAGGAACAGAGAAACAUCAAAUAAAGAGCUCUUGUAAUUAUUAUCUGAAAUUUCAGUAAAUUUUAUUUGAAACCAAUGGAUGUAUUUAGGAUAUUAGGUUCUAAGUACCUGUUAUAUAACUAAGCUUAAAAUCAGACGAGCAAAGAUUUUAAUUUAAUUGUUCCAUAUAGGAAAUUAUUAUGAUUAUGUUUGAAAAACAUUUAGAAGUUUGAUUAAUAUAAAAAAAAAAAAAUUAUACAACAAUUUUACAUGUAGACUCCUAAUAUUUUUAACAGGGUUAAUCCAAAACUUGAAAAUAUAGGAGCCAAUUAAAAGCAUGAUUGGCAUUUCACUCUCAAUGCAUUUGGUCUCAGAUAAAAAAGAAAUCGUACUUAAUCUCCAAUUAGUUAUACAAAAAUGAACCUCUGAUUGCAUGUGGCAUACACAAUUUUAAGACCAAUAUCUUUGAGGAAUUAUUUAUAGUUUCUUAUAUUUAUUCUAUAGCAGUUAUUAUGCAUUUAGAAGUAUCUUGCCUAUAAUUUCAGGGUUGUGGAAUGAUAUUAUAUGUUUUGAAUAUUGAUUCACCAUUCAUAUGGCUGACUUUAGAAUUUGAAGUUGUGUCCAAAGAGUUAAUCAGAAUAGAUUUAUUAAUAAACUUCCAUUCAAAAAUGUUGGAAGCAAGUUGCCUGAAAUAUUGUCUCUUGUCAAGGUUGAGCAAAAGUUGACUGACCACAAAAUUUACUAUUUUUGGUGUUCACAAAAUGUCUCUUGUCAAGGUUGAGCAAAAGUUGACUGACCACAAAAUUUACUAUUUUUGGUGUUCACAAAAUACACUAGAUACCUAUAUUUCUUAACAUUUCCAUACUUUGACAUUUUCAUAACUUUGAUGGUUAGUAUUUUGAUGUUAAGUGACUAAAGAAUGUUUGAAAUGAACAGAAGAAUAAAAAACAAGUUAUAGAAGUGUAAAACAAUAAAAGACUUAAACAAUAAGGAACAAAAUAAUUAUAUAAUUUUUAUGAACAAAUUUUGUAAAUCAUAGUUGAUAAGAGCAGUGUUUCUGCUUAAAAACGGGCAAUUUUUGUUAACUGAAUGUCCAGCAUUAAUUGCCUGUGUCAUCCAUGUAUGAGGUAUGCUGAAUGAGAUUAACCAUUUCCACAACCCUACACUGGAAUAUUACCUCAGUUAAUUUUUAUCUGUUUACUGUAAUCAUGAAAACCCUUUUGGGUUGUUUAUUCUUAUGUCUAUUUUUACAUGUUUACAAAUAGCUUUUGUAGUGUUUUGUGUAGUCUAAAUCAUAUACAAUAUACUGAGUCUGAUAAUAGUUAUUAGAAUUUUAUAAUUAAUAGAUGUUAUUAUAUUCGUUAUUAUUUUGAAAUAUUUAUAUAGUCUGUGGGAUUGUUACUAUGUAUUAUGCAGUGGCAUCUUGUUAUAUUAUCUGUACUUGUUAUUAAGAACUAUUACUUGUAAGAUUAAUGUAAUAUUCAGAUUUAACUUAUGCAAUAUAACCUGCUAACUUUUUUAAUUAUUUAUUUUCACAAUAUUUUUUCCCCAUUAUGUACAUUUUUAAAAGAUCUGCAUUUACAUGUUUUUUAUAACAUAGUGAUACAUAAUUUAUUCUUUUGAUGCAUUUUCUCAAAUAACUGUUUAAACUUGAAGGUUUUGAUAAGAAUGACAAACACAUGGAAAUUAGUACACCACAAAAUUUACUAGUUUUGGUGUUCACAAAAUACACUAGAUGCCUAUAUUUCUCCACAUUUCCAUACUUCGACAUUUUCAUCAAGAUCAAGAUGAUGGUAAUUUAUUUCGAAAAAAGUAUAUAUCAGAUCUGUUCCAGUGAAAUCCCAUAACUGACAAGUAUUGUUAUUUACUGGGUAAUCAAAAUGUUUCAAAGACUUGUGGAACCAGUCUAUCUUGCCUGAACAAUGUAGAUUAUGAAACCAGUUUAUAAUGCAGAGUUUUCCAUUUGCAGAGGGUGUUAAAAUUUAAGAAAACGCUACAUUUUUGAUAUUAAAAAAAAAUUGUGUGUUAAAUUUAGCAUUAUGAUUUUGUUUUUUCUUAACUUUAUGGUAUUGUUCAUUAAAUUGAAUAUAUAUGGUUUAUUUGGUAAGUGCAAUACAUGCUUUUGUUAAAUCUGUUUUCACUUGUAACUUGAUCACUUUUCGAUUUUUAGCAUUUUAUGGUGCUUCUUUUAUCCAUUUUUUCUUGUUGGCCAGGUAUAUGUUAAUAUAUUAUAGAUACGGUAUUAUAGUUUUCCAAGGCACUCACUUAUAUGUUAUUACCAUUUUUAACCAAUAAAACAAUGUGCUCUUGA